AUGAAGUUUCUAGUUGACACCGGAUCGGCCGUAUCCAUUAUUCCUUUAGCAGCAAUCACAGUGAAACGCAAUCUAGUGCCAGAUGAACUAAAAUUAUUCGCAGCAAAUAAUUCAUUUAUUAAAACGUACGGUACUAAGAGACUUAGCAUCAAUCUUGGUUUACGACGCAGUUUCAAUUGGAACUUCAUUAUAGCAGACGUCAAAUGUCCAAUCUUGGGCGCAGAUUUUCUGGCGAAAUAUGGUCUAAUUCCAGACAUAAAAUCAAGACGGUUAUUAGACCCGCUUACUACAUUGUCGUCAUCUGGUGCAAUUGAAACCACAUCGAUACAUUCGGUAUACACAUUGGAUCCAAAUUCAAAAUUCUUUACAAUCGUCAACAAAUACAUUGAUUUGUGCAGUGCAAAUAACUAUAGCCUACCUGACGCAUCUGUAGUCUGCCAUCAAAUAGUCACUGAUGGUCAGCCAGUGCAUGAAAGGUCACGCCGUUAUUCAACGGAAAAAUUAAAGGCAAUUCGUGAAGAAUUUUCAACGCUGUUGGAGCAAGGAAUUAUUCGUCCGUCAAACAGUCCGUGGUCGAGUCCAAUUCACCUG